UAGUUAAAACAGCACCUGUGUUCAGAAAUGGUUAUGUCUCGGAACAUGGUGGAAAUAGGGAAAGUGGAUACACGAGGACAUAUCAUAACAUACAAAUUCGCUCGGGUUCCAAUUUUGUUCCCAAAAGGGGUUACAAAUCGAACGAUGUCAGACGAUAAAAUCAAGGAUCAUGGACGAGUGUUGCUGGCGCCAGAGGAGAUUACGAUCUCGGAUUCAUCUGUCAUUCCGAUCGUUCGCUAACGUCGUCGUAGAAAAAAAAAAAAAAAAAAAAUUAAGAAUCAUCACGCUCAAAUCGUCGCUAGCUGCGAACGUGAACAUCACAGCGAUGUGUUCGUGAUGCAAGCUAUAUUAUCAUAAUUAAUGUAUUCCCUCCUCGGGUAUCGAGAAAAACGCUUCGUGCGACCGUCGUCGAGGGACGAUAACGCGGCGCGACGUACCGACUGGCGUCGUGAGCGAAAACAAAAAUAUGUCUUCGUACUCGAGCGAGCUGUCACGCUCUCAGGAAUAUCUAAGCUUUCGCAGUUCCGUACCGCUCAGGAAGAUCGUUGUCGACGCCGAUGGCACUAAGGGAUGGAAGGUGUACGACUCGAAUCCAAAAACUAUUAAGUGCCCGCUUAUAUGUCUUCCACCUGUCUGUGGUACUGCUGAUAUUUUUAAACAAAUAUUAGGUUUGGCUGCCAAAGGUUACAGAGUUAUCUCAGCUGAACCACCGGUAUAUUGGAGUAUAAAAGAGUGGUGUGAUGGAUUUAGAAAACUGUUGGAUUAUCUAGAACUUGAUAAAGUCCAUCUUUUUGGCGCUUCCUUAGGUGGUUUCCUGGCGCAGAAAUUUACAGAGAUGAAUGCGCAUUGUCCCAGGGUAAUCUCUCUAGUUCUAUGCAAUACUUUUACGGAUACAUCUGUAUUUAGUUACAAUGAUUCUGCAGCAGUUUUUUGGAUUUUGCCUUCAAUGGUAUUGAAAAAAAUGGUAAUGGGAAAUUUUGCGACAGAAAAAGUAGAUGGAGAGAUUAUAGAGGCAAUUGAUUUUAUGGUGGAACGGCUGGAAAGUUUAACGCAACCUGAAUUAGCGUCUCGUUUAACAAUGAAUUGCAUAAAUUGUUAUGUACAACCUCAAAAGAUAUGUCAUUUACCAGUGACAAUAAUAGACGUCUUCGAUGAAUACGCGUUAUCUAAUGCAGUUAGAGAAGAAAUGUAUAAGUGUUAUCCGAAUGCAAAACUGGCACAUUUGAAAAGUGGUGGGAACUUUCCAUAUUUAAGUCGAUCCGCCGAAGUUAAUUUACAUUUGCAGAUUCAUUUAAGACAAUUUGAAGGCACGGAAUAUACGGCUUUAGAGAGAACUAAGAUUUAGCGCAAUGCAUUUAUAUUAGGAAAAAUGUAAUAAAAUCCAAAAGCUGUGUAUAUAAAAAUAUUGAUUAAAAAAAUAGCCUUCACUGUUUAUAUGCAGAUAUUAAAACUAUAGACAACCUCUAUGCCUUUUGUAUC